GACACGCUGAGCACUCAAAACUCUGUUUAACUUGGUAAAAUAUCAGUAAUAAAAAUGUAAAAUUCAAAAGUAUGUUUACUUACAUUUAUGUGAACAAUAAUUAUUUUAUUAUUGUAUUAUUUUAUUAGGAUAAUGGUAAUUGCCCCAUAUGAACCCAUGUUAAACUAGGGUUAAACUGAAAAGGACGUGCUCUUCUGGUUAUUCUGUGAUAUUAUGCUAUUUAUUGAUAAGAUAAAAACUUUCGGAAGUAUAUCAGAAUGGCAUGAAUGCAUGAUAAAACGAUAUUUUAAAUUUUCAUGACUGAAAUUUAAUGAUACAUUUUAGUGUCAUACAAAAUAAUUUACACGUUUAAGAAUUAUGUCAACGAAGCUUAAAGUGGAGAACGAAAUACCUAUCAACGAUAAUAACAAAUCACAUGUUCAUAAUUUUCAAAUCAGACCCACGCACAAUCAAAAAUUCAAAACACAUUCAGCAAAAGAAGCUAUUCAAGAAACUCUUUUAAAACAUCUAAAAGAUAAAGAGUAUAGUCAAAUUGAAGCUGAAGUACUUAGCAAAACUAUUGCAAGUGAAAUCAAGGAUAGACUUAAAGAUCAGUGUUUGAAUAGCCGUUACAAGUUAAUGGUACAAGUUGUUUUGGGUGAACGACACGGUGCUGGUACAAAAGUUGGAGCUCGUUGUAUUUGGGAUGCUGAUACUGACACUCAAGCUUCUGAUCAGUUCUUAAAUGAAACCAUAUUUUGUAUGGCGGCAGUGUUUGCUGUAUAUUUUUAUUAAUAAAUCAAAUACACUAUAUUAUACUUUGAUUUGGUAAUCUUCAGAUUUGGGAAUUUAAUAACAAACAUUAAAUUGAACUCAUCUAGUAUUUUGGUCAUCAUGAUUAAUGAAGAGGUUGAUAAUGUUUGGGAUGACUUAAUAAAUUUACCUGCAGAUCCUCCUGAAAUGCGCCAAAUAUGUGAUUCAUGCGA